AGCUGGCGCGGCGCGAGCUGGCACCGCUGGCGCUGCACGCCUAUUGCGAGGCCUACUCAGACUUCAAGGCCUGCAUGCUCGCCCUGGUUUCUGGCAGCAGUGCAAACAGCGGCGCCGGUGGCAGCAGCGGCGGCGGCGGUGACCGCAGCGCCGAGCUUGCAGAGUUUGCUGGGAUGGUGGUGCGUGCGGUGCGGGAGGAGGUAGGGUGCGGAGGCACGCAGCUGGCGCAGCUGGCGCGCUACCUGCUGCUGCUGCACCAGCACCAGCACCACACGGGCUUCCAUCCCUUUUGGUGGCCUAACUUCAGUGCACAGACGCAGCGGCUGUGCGGCCAGCUGCUGCUGCCGCAGCGUGACGCGCUGCCGCCUGCUGCGCUGGAGCCGGCAGACGGCGGGCGCAGGCUGCCGGCAGGCGGCGUGAGGGAGCAUGAUGUGCAGGCGCUGCGGACGAGCCUAGGGUGUGACAGGGAGGAGGCGGUGGCUCUGCUCAGGCGGAAUGGAGGUUGUGCAUUCCGAGGGCUCCAAGAUGCAGGCGGCGCACAUAGAUGAGGGCCUCUUGGCUGAGCUGGCGGAUGAGUAUGCCACCUGGCGAGGCCUGGAAGCGCCGUCAUCGC